UAACAUACACAGACUUCUAUACUAACAAUCAACAGUUAAGUGUUAACACAUAUUUACAUUAGGCGUGAACCUGAAUAAACUAUAAACAUUAAACUGAACAUCAAUUCAUACCUAUUUCAAUUUUUUUUUGUACAGUGCUUCUAAUUUAUUAUAAACAUUUUAAAUUAUGAGUUCAGAAAAAAUUGAUUAUCCCAAAGCAUCCAAAUUAAUCAGUGAUGCUGGGGUAAUCAUUUAUAUUGGAGGAUUUUUUUUAGUAAUUUCAUUUUUAAGCCCUUAUUGGUUGGAAUCAUAUGAUGAGGCUUUUAUAAAUUUUAAACAUAUGGGCCUAUGGACCUAUUGCUUUGAUCAUUUCCGAUACCCUCACUAUCAAUUUGACAAACUUUUUGAUGGCUGUAAUACAGUGUUCAGUGAAGAAUAUUAUGUCAUUCGUGAGUGGCUUUUACCAGGCUGGCUUUUGUUUUUAGAAUUAUGUAUGACUCUAGCAUUAUUGCUGUCUCUUGGAACUUUAUCAAUUAUAGCUGCUAUUUUAACUCGUUAUCCACAACGCCUCGUCCUGAAAUAUGAAUACAUGCUUUCUGCUGCGUGUUUCUUGGCCACUGCUAUUUCUGCGUUCCUUAUAUUUUUGACGGUUAUUUUAUUUCCUUUUAAUUGCUGGAGACGUGAUUGGCUUAUGUAUCCCAUGUUUAAUCAUUUAUCAUGGUCAUAUUACAUUGCAAUUGUAUCAGGUAUAUUGCAUAUGUAUGGUGCUUGGUAUUUGUAUAAGGAAGCACGCAAUUCAUAUGACAAAAGGAGGGAAAGCAAAAAUUUAGUAAUGCAAAUGUAUCCACCACAUGAGCGUAAUUUUUAUGAACAAUAACUUUACAACAAUCAAUACAUUCUAAUAAAAUGUACAACAAUCCUAUACUAUCCGUCCAUAUUGUUGAAUGUUGAUUCUCAUUUAUUUUUGUAUUAUUAUUGUGCUUAAACUAUGCACCCCAUAAAAAACUAUUUUAGGUAUUUUAUAACUUUAUAACUAUUUAAUUUUGUUCAAAUGACAUAGAGUUCAAAGAUAACUC